AUGGAAAAGAACAUCUGCUAUCGGCAACGAAGGAGAAAAGAAGUCGUCUACGACGAUUGCGUACUCGAGGACUCCCUGUCCCAAGGUGACUGGCACAUCGAGGAGGACCCAAAAUGGACUACGAGAUGCUGCUCAGAGGAUUACGAGCCUGUGCUGAACGUGCUCGAAGUCGCGCACGACAAACUUGGAUCGAAUUUCGAAGACCACCAAGGAAUUGUUAGGAAGAAGAAGGGCUUUGAGGCUUGA